AUGGCUUCCAAGCGAUCCCGCUCCCGGACUCCCCGUAGGGUGGCAGAUGUGGGACAGCUCUGUCGAGAUGUAAGUUCUGAUCUACACCGCACAGCAUGUCUUUCACUUCCAGCACUGACUUGCCGCAACGAUGACUGGAAGAAUGCCCCUGACUUCGUGGCGGCUGUCAUGCGAAACCUGGAAUGGCAUCAUCGGUUGAUGGGUUUGAAAUGUGCGCAAGCUUCUGGCAGGGAGGCAAGAAAGGACCUGUCCAUUCAAGAGCUAGAUGAAGCGCUAGGCCGAUGCGAUGUGACCAUGGAAGAUGCCGAGAACUUAUACAGCAGCGACCCGCCCGACAUGCAGCGUCUGGCAGAGGUCUUAGAAGCUGUCUUGUCCUCAGAAGAGCCUCAUAAAACCGCGAGAAUGAGCUUGCUGCUUUCAGUUAGCCGGUUCGGUGCUCACAUCUACGAGAGCUACGCAGUACCUGUGCAAACAGCAGAAGUAUGCGAACUCGAAGAGCUGAAAGGCAACAAGCUGAAUACUCUCGCAGGCAAAGCUUGGGAAGUGCUUGGACAGUUGGCAGGAGGGGGAUUUGCUUCACCUGGCGUCAUGCCUUCAGUGUUCGCAGUCGAAAAUCUGCAAGAGAUCCGCGGCUUCGUUGGACGAGAUAGCAUCUACAUCCGGCAUGAUUUUGUUCUGGGCUUGAACGAUGCAGAACCCUGGCGUGAACUCGAGCUGUUUACGCUCUUGUUGCAUGAAUUUGGAUACUAUGGAAUUCGCAUCCGUCACGACGAUCUCAAUUACCAUUCACCAUUGAAGAUGAAGUUGACCGAUCCAAUGCGCAAACAUGCUGCAUAUGGCUCAAAUGAACCCAAAGGGCCAGAAUGUGGUUGUGUCGCAGAGCGUUGCGCGUUCUGUUGUCGACCCAAGUUUCGCGGUGUCAGGAAGCUGAAGCUGCCGCCAAACUUACAAGGCUUGUUGAGCUGGCUCCGUGACCGUGGCGAUCGCCCGCAAUUCCCACUAGAUGUGAGAAGCUCGGUGAAAUCACGUGAUGAUCAUGUGUCGGGAUUAGACGUGCUCGAUGAUGGCUGGGAGUGA